ACAACGAAAGUGUGUAUACAAUUAUGUCAACAAUGAAAAAGAACACAUUAAACGACUUUGUUACCUAAUAUGGGAUUAAAGCUGUAGAGCAUGUAUAUACGUACUACUGAGAAAAUAAAGAUACGAGAAGGAUUUUAAUCUCUGAUCAAAAGAGAUGACACAGUGACAACACAGUGACACCCGUUUACUUACAAGACAAGAUAAGACAAUCAAGAGAUGGCAGCACUGAACCCCAACAACCAGCAACAAGCUGACAAGAGAAUAAUAGGAUUCGAUUGUGAGUUUGUGAAGCCACCACCUUCGGAAUACAUCCAGUCACAGUGCCCAAUUUGUCUCCAGAUCAUUCGAGAGCCGUACCUGGUCACAUGCUGUGGAAAGAAGUUUUGCAAAGCUUGUAUUGAGCACAUCAAAGCCAUUAAAAAGCCGUGCCCAACUUGCAACGGGGAAUUUUCAAGUUUUUCUGACAAGGCUUUGAAACAAUCUCUCUACAGUUUGAAAGUUCGAUGUAGCCAUCAGAAAAACGGGUGUGAGUGGAUGGGGGAACUGAGACAGCUUGACAAACACCUCAACACAGAUCCACAGCCAGAGAAACAGUUUGAAGGUUGUAACUUGGUAGAAAUCGAUUGCACGUAUAAUUGUGGGGAGCAAUGCCAGCGAAAGUACAUGGUAAUCCACCACAAAAACGAAUGCCCCAAACGUGCAUUCAGUUGUGAGUACUGCCAUGAUUACAAGUCUACCUAUGAUGAUGUCACCAACAACCACUGGCCUGUGUGUGGGUCCCUCCCUGUCCCCUGCCCUAACCAGUGUGGUUCACCUAUCCAACAUCAGAAUAUAGACAGCCAUAUUGCUGAUGAGUGCUCCCUGACCACCAUCAACUGUGACUUCCACCACAUAGGCUGUGCUGUGAAACUCGCUCGACAAGACAUGCCAGAACACCUGAGAGAGAACCUACUCACACACAUCUCUCUAUUAGCCACCAGUCAUGCUAAGCAACAAGACGAAACAACAAAAUUGAUUGUUGAAAAUAGAAUAUUACAACUAGACAAUGAUAACCAAAAAAGAUAUUUUAAGAUGAGCUUAACUGCACUACAAACCAAAGUUACCAGGCUAGAUAAAUUGUUGACUUCUAGCACAGCCAAGCAACAAGCUGACAUUGCUACUUUAGUAGAAGAAAAUAAACAGCUAAGGAUGAAAAUCGCUGAAUUGGCGCCAUUGCAACAAAUGCUUAUCGUGAACUCCAAAUCUCUUGGUGCCCCUGUCCUUACAAUGACCAACUUCCAACAGCACAAGAGAGAUGAUAAGUUUUGGCGCUCCCCUCCAGUCUACACCCACCAUCAGGGCUACAAGAUCUGCCUGGGUGUGCAUGCUAACGGUGAUGCCACUGUUAAAGGAACACACGUCUCUGUGUUUGUAUGCUUCAUGAGAGGAGAGUUUGACGAUUCUUUGAAAUGGCCGUUUCGUGGUAUGAUUUCAGUGCAACUACUGGACCAGAUCAAAGGCAAGGAUAAUAAAACAUACACACUCCCCUAUGAUGACAAAGUACCUAACGACUGCUGUGCCAGAGCGACAGAGGGAGAGAGGGGAGUGGCGUUGGGAUCUGUAAAGUUCAUUGCUCACACUGAACUGGAGCCCAAGUAUUUACGAAACGACACCCUCUUCUUCCAAAUACACAAAGUAGAACUGAAGUAGUUUGUAGAAGAUUUAUCCUAUAUAAUUACACAAGCAUAUAAUUAUUACACCAUGCAGUGAUACGUUUCUAGACAAAUUAUCUAUAAUUAUGCAAUUAUAAUUACGACUGUAAUAAUUAAU